UGGCAAAUACCAACAUGGCGGAAAUUCUGUGAUACGUUUAAAUGUUGGCCGAUACUCUGUUUUCCUCUCUCUUUUUCGUUAAAAGCGGAGUACAGAUGAUUAUUUAAUGAUGAAGAAACAGUUUUAUCGUGUGAAACAACUGGCUGACCAAAGGGUCGGAAGGUAAUGGCUGCUCUUUAUGAAUUAGUUAACAUAGUGGACGGAAGUCAACCUCAGUUGACUCCUUCAGAACUCGUUUCUUUGACAUCUUCUUACUUAGCACUCAUUGAUAUGACACGUAAAGCAUGAUUUGAUUGGUUCUUUAUUUUUCAUGUGUAUAUAAAUACAUUUUUAGAGCGGAGAAGACUGAAAUUUUAACAGAGGAUCUACAGCAUGUGAGUAAACACUGAUUGCAUGAUUUUAUAUUAUCUAACAAAUAUGCAGACAAAUCGAAAUAGAAUAAUUCCAAAUCUUUUGGUUUCCAACAUCUUUGAUGCAUUUUAUAUGAAAGUAGCAACUCAGAGGUUUUAGAUAUAGUAAGCUUGAAGCAAAAUCAACGUAGCUUCCUUAUCCAACAUACUUAUUUACAAAAAAAAAUAAUAAGUUUUCUACUACUGGCUCUUUAGUAUCAAUUACUUAUUAUACAAUACCAAAUUAUUUGCAAAUUAUUGUGUCCAUAAUUGAGCGAAGGAAGAUGAUACAGUUAAUUGCAGUGCAUGGAAUGAAAUUUCCUCAUUCUAAAUUGUAUUCAGAAAUUUCACGCUAGGGAUACAUACAGUAUCAACAAUCUAAGCAUGUCAUAACAUUUACAGCCUUAGGCCUCCUUAUGUAGACAUUCUUCAAAAGCAUUUCUAUUAAACUGCACCUGAUUUUCACUGAUCAGUCAAUCAUAAGGAGCCAUAUUAGAGCUGUUUGACUAAAAAAUGGAGCACAGACUGUAAACAAUACAUUGAAUCUCUGUCAAAUUUAAUCCUAAUACAUAACCCAUGUUGUCACUGAGUUUCCUGAAGUACACUUGAUUAAGUAUCAUAAGGUUAAAUUGAUAUAGGUCUGAGGUUACAAUCCUCAUGUGGAACUCUGACAUCUUCUUUGCACCACAGUCGAGAUAAAUACUUCAUUAUUCCUAAAAGUAUUUGGUUGUGUUUAAUGUACAUUAUUCAGUAACUGCAAGAAGAACUCUUGAAAUCACUUUGUUAAUUUGAUUUACUAUGAAUUUUUUUAAAAGGUUGAGAAGACUGUUGACAAAAUCAAACAUGCAUGUCAAACAACAAAUAAGAGGCUAGCUGCCUCAAUGCAAGGCACUGGAAUGGAUUUAGAGAAAAGAUUGGUAAGAACAGAAAAUCCCCAGAUUAAUUCAGUCAUCAAGUUAAUACAUUUUCUUAUAAAUAGGUUUAUAAAUAUGUGAUGUAUCAUGAACCAAAGAAUUGGACACCAAGCCUACAGGUAGCUGAAGAGGCAAGCACAAGUAAACUGCUAAUGGCCAGUCACAUGCGAGGGGAGGAGCUUAAAAGAAAGACCUUCCCUGGAGUGAUUUGCCUCUUGUGCUUGCCUUAAAGCAGAAAAAGACAUCUUUUAAGGACUUCAAUGUCACUAGAAGCUAUCACUCAGAGGGUAUUACUAUCUGUUGUAGGCAGUACUAUUCCUCAAGUCAUUACGUGGUUCGGAUGAUCUUGCUAUGCUGUGGCCUCAAAUGAGAUCUGAACUUAUGGUAAUCAUCUACCAUAUCCAUCGCAUUAAAUGCAUACAUUACCCCCUUACAUAAUUGUUUCAUGUAAUUUGACCCUCAGUAAAACCAACAGAAAUCAAAGGCAUUCUCUGGCAGAGGCCUUACGUGCAAAGAUGCAUGAAAAGGACUUACUAACUAACUUUUAUGCCGUGCUUCAUGUCUUUGAAUUCAAGUUUAACUACAUGGUCAUCAAAGUCAUGGUUUACAACUGUAAAUCUUGAAUUACAUUUCUUUCAUUUCAGGUAACAAUUUGACAGGAAAAAAUAAUCAGUAUUUUUCUAAGGAUUAAUCUUGCAUGAAUUCACAGUCCAACCAUAGGAAAAUGCAAAAUAGCUCUAACACGUUAAUUUCUUACAAGUAUUUGUCAUCAUCCAUCUGUUGCUCACAGCAUAGCAAUGAGGUCAAAUUUUUUUUAUUUUAUCAUAAAAAUAACACCUAGCCUAAUGCAUGAUGAUAAUGCAGCCAUCAACUGAAGCCAUCAACCAAUCCAAAGCAACAGUUGAAAAACUGAUUUCUUUUGUCUUUUUUAUUUACUCUUUUAGCUCUAUGCUGGUGUAUGUUGUCUAAAGUAUUUGUAAGCAGCUGCCUUGUGUUUUGCCUUCUCCUGGUAGGGAUUUGUUUUCUUUUAUUAAUUUUUGUCUCUCUUCUCUUUUUUUCAGAGAAAACUUCACCAAACAGCUUUGGCACAAACCAUGUUAGAAUCAGGACAGCAGUUAGGUGAAGAUUCUCUUUUAGGGUAAGAGCUAGAUCUCUUAUUCCUUGUUAUGUGAAUGGUUCUUAUUCAUCAUCUUUGCACUUGAGUGUUCUCUUGUUGAUUUGCAAUUACCAAGUUUGAAUAAAUUACAAUUAAUAUUUUUUCAUGAAUACUAAAUGUUAUCAGGACAGGGUAAACAAUUUGCACCUGGUCAUGCCAGGUAUUCUCCCUUCUUCUUUCUGCAGAGAAUUUGGUGUUAGAUCCAACAUUACCCUCCUGUUUUGUUACCAUUCUUCUUAUCACCUUUUGCUCAAAAAUCUAGUGAUCAUUUCAAUAAACUCCUAUUUGAUUAUUUAAGGAAGUGAAAGGUGUAACUGGUUAUGUACCAACAGAUAACAGCAUAAACUGUUUCUUUCAGUAAAGUGAUGCAGAAAUCAGGGGAUGUACAGACUUCACUGGCAAGAGAACUUGCAGAGUAUGAAAUGCAAGUAGAGCGGGAUGUGUUAGCACCCAUGACAUCACUUCUUGAGGUGAACAAGUGUUUCAACAAUAUAUAACUUCUGAAUCAUAUGUGGUGUUAUACGUGCACACAUUGUAUGGUCAUCUAUAGUAAAUAUACUAUGUGCCCAAGUGAAGUGAAGGAACAAAAUCUCUGAAAAAUUCUUAGGAAAAAAAGAAAUUUAUUAUUGUGGUGUUAUUGUUUUUAUCCUUUCCUCUGCAUGCACUCUAACCCUUUGGAGAUCUACAUUGUACAUAACAUGCACAUAAUCCUCUUUUGUAAAACUGUAUAUAUUUUUAAUUUUAACAGAAUGAUAUCCCAAAUAUCACACAAAUAAAGAAGAAAUUGACAAAGACCAGGCUGGAUAUGGAUACUGUUAAAUCAAGGUAAGACAUCUUAUUUUCAUAAAAAUGAUUAAAGCAAACAAAAGUAUUUCUCACCUUUGUAAGAUUCUGUGAUGCAAUAAUCAAGAUAUUGAUCUAUAGUAUGAACACUUGUACUUCAUGUGAGAUCAAGCUAAAUGCACAGUUGAAUGAGGUCCCUAGAGCUGUUUGGGAAACUACUGUUAAUGAGUGUCAAGGUUUAAUUCUGAAACCAUGCAGUGACUAUCCCUUGUGUGGGAAUCCACCAGAUCAGGUCUGGACUAAAUUUGAUAACUCCCAUAGUAGCUGUAGGCCUAUAUUCAGUGCCAUUUGAUCUUGGUAUUAUAACCUUCCUUUUAUUUCCUGAAAUUUGGAAUGUUACACUUUAAGAUGGACAGCUGCUGUCAAAGUCUCCCAUGGAGCAAGUAAGGACAUGGUAGCUGCCGCAACAAAGGCAGAGACACUGAAGGAUGAGUAUGAGGAAGAAACUGCCAAAUUUGAAGCCUGUCAAGUGAGUGUUCCUGCUUUGAAUUAGUUCUAUGUUACAGAUGAAACUAUUAAUAAACAUGUGACCUUGUUUGAUAGUUACAUAACUUAAAAGAAAUCUGUGCAUUGGUUGUUUCUUGCAUUCACUUGAAUUGACAUGUCAGAACAACAAGAACCAAGAACAGUCCUGAUCUUCUGUACGACUUUCUUUUUUUUAUCAGACUUUAUGAUUUUGAAGGAGAGCUCCCCCAACCAACUGUCAGCAGAUUGUUGGCAGGAUGUCAGCCAAACUUUUGCAUCCUAACUAAAUAGUAUUACUUAGUUUGUUCUGAAUUGGGCUUCUUUUAAACCCACAAUAGCUUAGUGAAAUAAUUACAGGGUAGUUAAAAUUAUGAAAUUUAAUAUGUGGUUAUAGUUUUUGUUCAUAUAACAAGUACCUUGAAUUAUCUUUUUCCAGGACACUCUCACCACAGAACUUUUAAAAUUUGUUUCAAGGGAAGGAGAAUAUGCCAACUGGAUAAUAAAGGUGUUGUUUAUAACUAUCUAAGAGCUAAAUGCUAGUUUCUUUGUAAUAAAGUUAAUUUAAUUGUAGAGCCAGACACUUAUUUCAAGGUGAACUAUUUUACAUGCUUCUUUCAUGUUUCAGUACAUUGAAGCCCAGCUGGAUUAUCAUCAAAGAGCCACGUCAGUACUUGAUAAAGUCUUGCCUGGUCUCAAGUCUCUCCUAGGUAAACUUGGCUCUUUCUAAUAUUGGUUUUUGCAACAAGGUAUGACAUAUUGAUACAUAUUUCUCUGAUUUGACCUCAGAGAAGUAAAAUAAAUAGGUGAGUUAGGGGGAUUGGGCAUAUGUUCCUAACUGUAUUUUUUACAUCAUUUUCUGAUGCAUUUAGAUGAAUCAGAACUUCAACCAGUGUAUGGCUGUCCACUGGAGGACCAUCUUAGAAUACAGGAAAGAGAAAUAGCCUUUGUGAUUGAAGAAUGUGCCACAUUCCUGUACAGAGAAGCCCUUGAUGAACAAGUAAGGCUGUGCCCUUCCUGCAAUUUAUCCUACUAUGUCACUGGUAUAAACACAGCUUUAAAUCUGAUUUUCACCCAUGUUGACUUGGUGGCUAAUAUUGUUGUAGGGAGUAAUUAAUAAUUGUUUUUAUUGAUUUUCUUUUCUUCUUUUCAGGGACUAUUCAGACUUGCAGGUAGUACUGCCAAAAUCAGAAAACUUACAGUAAGUUUUUUUCAUGGCUCUCAGUUAUUUGAGAAAAGCGAAAGAGCUAGUGUUUGAAAUAGAUUUUAUGAUUUGUAACAUGAUUCCAGUUUACCUGUUCACUCAUUGGUUUACUUGUUCAUUCAUUUAUUCCUUGAUUGUUUUUACUUUUAUUUUAUCAGUAAUAAAUAAAUGUGGCAUCAAUUUAAAUAUUACCUUGUGCAUCAUUGUGUUUGUUACAAAAUUUCAGGCUGAAUUUGAUGCUGGCUUGGUAGACUUAUCAGAGUUUGAAGGCGAUGUUCAUGUUGUCACAGGUAUCAUAUCAUCAAUUAUAAUCACUGUAACAUCAGUGAUACUUGCUAAACAGCACCAAAACUGAAAUGAACAAUUGCAAUCAAACUACACCACAUACAUCUUUUGUCCUAGUGAAAAAGAAUAAUGUCCUUUUAGUUUUUAACACUAAUCUACUUCUUUCUUUACAGGAGCGCUUAAGCAGUAUCUUAGAGAGCUUCCUGAGCCCUUAAUGACUUCUAAGCUAUACAGUGAAUGGAUACAGGCUUCAACGUAAGGAAAGACCAUGGUUCCUUAAUGUAAACUAUUGAAAAUGCAUGUUGUGCAAGGUUAUGGUUGUUGUGACUUGCUAAGCCUUUGAGAUAGCACAAGUGUGACCCACAUUUGGGUACACUAAAGGGCGUGACAGGUGGACAAAGUCUUGCCUCGUUUAGAUCUCUUUCUCUGAACACACCUUUUCAGAAUAACACUUUGUGUUGUACAAAAACUCAAUUCUUUCCAACCAAUAACUUUUAAACAGGCAGUUGGGGCUAGAACCUGUUGUUCAGCUUCUUCAGCCAUUUUUUUUAAGUAAGGUGGACACAUUUUUAGACAGUUCCUCAGUACUUUGCUUGGUAGUGAUUUACCUCCUAUGAGGUGACUGUAUACUUUUUUUUUAUUACAGGAUUCAAGAUAAUGGUACAAGAUUACAAGCAUAUUGGACUAUUGUAGAAAAAAUGCCAUCUCUGUAUAAAGCCAACUUAAGGUGAGAAUAUUUGCGAGUGCUAAACAGUGAUGUAUACCUGUUUUUUUGGAAAAUUGACAGGUGAAACCUCACUGUGGAGGCAGCUAAUUUAAUUUGACUUACAGUGAUACAUUAUGGUCGUGCCUCUGUAUGAUUCGGGAGAUGCACGUUUCACCAUGGAAGAAACGAAUGUAUGGGUACAUGUGUUAAAUUUCUGCUUAAAUGGUGGACCAGGAUGUCUCCAGCAAAAUGUAAACUUCAUAAAUAUUCAGUUCACUUGUGAGGAAUACUCUUUUAUUAAUUAUUUAUAAAGCAGUAAAUCAAUUAGUGUAAACUUUGUCUGUCAGUGUUCUUUAAUAACUGAGAGGUUUGUGUUUGAUGUGUUCACAGGUACCUGAUAACUUUCCUUGGGAAGCUGUCCGAAAACAGUGAUGUAAAUAAAAUGAGUGCAAGUAAUAUUGCUAUUGUCAUAGCCCCCAACCUCAUCUGGUCUCCAGAGGACGAUGGGUAAGAAUUAACGAGUCAACCGAGCUAAUUCAAGAAACUUACCGGCAACUGAUUGUUUAAUUAUCAUUUAAUUCGAAUUUUGUAAAUGUACGCCAUCGUUCUGUUCUUAGCAUCUUGUGAAGGGUGAGAGUACCCAAGAACUGUUUCCAAAGUAAAGUUGUCUGUUUAAAAUGUUAUUUUUAUGUAUUUGAUCUCCUUAUCUUUGCAAUAGUGAGGAAAUAGUGCCUUACUUUUCAAUACGCGCAUGCCUCAAAGUACUUUCGCUUGAUCUGUUAGUCCAGAUUCUUUGUCCCCUGUUGAUGUCCUGUCAGCUACUCAGCAACACCCAUACGAAGAACAUUUACUGUAACAGUUAAACUAGAUACUCGUGGAAAACACAACUUUUUCGUGCAGUGUCCAUGACUGUUUAAAAUUAAGUUUGUUCCGUUUAAUUUUAGUGGUGUAAACGUCCAACACACUGGUGUCCAGUCAUCCAUUGUAGAGGCGUUAAUUCAACAUUACAGCUGGUUCUUUCCGGGGGGUAAGUAAAGUUUAUCUUACGUUAAGAUAAACCUGUUUCUGCAUAUUUGUCGGUGUCUAGUUAAUUUUCCCUCAUCAGUCGACAUGCUAUGUUUCAUUCAAGCCACGAAAUUCCAAACUGAUUUUGUUGAGUUUUGUAUCGAUUGUUCAGAACUGAAACGGAAAGCGGUACCCGGUCACGUCGCCGGUAGGUUAACUCGCCAUCAACCAACUCGCCGACAUCUUUGGUCAAGUCAGGGAGUUUUCAUGUCGGCGAAGAGAUUACUUACCCAGGGACCGCGCAGAGGGAGGGGCCGGGGGCUUUAGCCCCCCCCCCCCCACUUUUUUGCAAGAAUAAAAAUAAAUUAAACAAAAAAAUAAUUUAAAAAAAAAAUUUUCCUUCACGCAUUCUUCUUUAGCCCCCCCACUCGAAAACUUGCUGCGCGGUCCCUGUUACCAUUGAAGCAAUGACUUUAGCACAGUACAUAGUUACGGCUUAAUUACCUUGUACUUCUCACUUAUUCACGGAUGGUUGAAUGGUUCUUAUUGAAAGGAAGGUUGAAUGGUUCUUAUUGAAAGGAAGGUUGAAUGGUUCUUAUUCAAAGGAAGGUUGAAUGGUUCUUAUUCAAAGGAAGGUUGAAUGGUUCUUUCCCUGCAGAAAUCGACUUCUCUCGUAAAACCGCCUCAGCGACAAAUGGCGUGAACCAGGGUUUUCCUGAGAAGUGCAAGAAAGGCCCAGGAGAUUAUAAGAGUGUUACAGGCGACUUCUUAGAAGAGGUGGUGAGUCUUGUGAAUAUGAAAUGCGUCGAUGACUCUGGCACUCACGCCCAAAAGUAAGUUCCUUUUGGUUUUGUUGUUUUUUAUCAUUGCAUAAAGAGAGUAUGACAAGAUUAAAACUAGGAAAGUAUUUCGUGUAAAUGAACGGACUAUCUGAGGCACCAUCUGAUUCAGUGGCGGGCGUCCAAGCUGGCAGCGAAACAGCUGGGUGGGUGCAAGAUUGCAACUUUAUCCUCACGAUUAACUGGUUGAAAUACAGGUGGAGGCAUUUAACUGCUUUUUUUUCUGAUCUGGCUUUCUCUAGUUCUUUUGUCAGAAUACUGCCCGACUUAUCGCUGGCUGAGCCUGGUUAACUCUUACAGCUGGCAGGCAUAACGUUUCCAUCUGUAUCAUAAAUGGUUUUUUUUUAAUUCAUUACCUGAUUUCAGUGACAACUUAGUGUGGUCUUUCCCUUGUGUGAUACUUAUUUCAGUUCCCAAGAAUCAGAAACAGCCAAGCCAGCGGUUAUUGAUGUGGAACAAACUAACACCCCUCCACCUAAGAAAAAAGGCACCCCUCCAGCCUUGGUCAAAUUCAUGGGCUCUUCGAGUCCAGGCCCUAGCACUUCUGCUCCUCCUCUAGCCGGUCCCAAGCCCAUCGCAACUUCAGUUGGACCACCAAGACCAACGAACGCCCCUCCACCACCUCCGUCCAAACCACUUAAGAGAGAAAGCAAGUAAACGUGGCCAUCUAAGGAAAUAACAUUUAAGCAAUAAUGCCAAUGACUGAAAAAGCUAAUAGUAGGCUUUUGUACAGUUAAAUUGGCUAUUAUUUGAUUAUUACCAUUAUUAGGAUUAGUGGUCGUUUCGAAAAUGAUUCAUAAAGACAUAGAGAUAGCCGUCCGCCUCCAUCCUGCGAAGACGAGAGGGCAGUCUGUGUGUGGGGGAGGGGGGAGGCUCUCGCAAGUGGACAACAUGAGCAGGGUGAGUCAAGUUUCAAGAAUUUCCAUCCGAGUUAGGCUCGGUUGUUCAUAACGCAAGAUACAGGCAGAUUAUUCGUCCGUUGAGUUGGUUUUAUUUACAUUGGCAUUUCUUUCAGGAAGUUGAUAUUUUUAUUUGUAUUUCAAGGCUCUAGGUUGGUGCAACUUUCUAGACGAUGCCAUGUUAUAUAGUUUAAGAAGUUUUUAAUGAAUUGAUAUAAUUUACAAGACGAGGGUUAAUCAAAUGAAGUGCCAAAUUAGAGGUUAUUAUCGCUGAUUUAGUUCGCUUUUUGAGCUAUGAAAUCGUGUUUAUUGAACUUUUAAACAUAUUUUAAAAAUGAAACGUCAUGCAUCCUCUCGCGACUAAGGAAGACAAGGUCGCUGUUCCCAGGAGAAUAAAAAUCAAGAUUGCCUUUUGCUCGGAAUGAUCUUGUUUUCUUCCGCUUAGGCACAGUGGGCCUCGCGUGAAGUUGAAAUGGCCAACUGGUAAGCGGGUUGCCAUAAUUGUGAUUGGUCAGAUGUGACAACUGUUGUGUUAGCGUACCCUAACAAACUGACACUGUUAGCAGUCCUCACUUCCGAUUCAAUUUUCUGAAUUUGAAAUUUUUGUAACGUUGAAAAAAAACGCUCAUCUUUACACAUAUGCUUUUCUCGAGAUUGUUUCGAGCAGGGGUGACUGUUUCAUGUUCAAUGAGAGAUAUAUGCUCUAUACUUUUGAGUAUAGUGAUUUGGUGAGGAUUUUUAUUAAAUCAAUCAACAAAUCAUCUUGGUUAAAUAAUAGAGUACAGCUAGUUUGUGAUAAGAUAAAUAUUAAUACAAGUCAAAUUUUAUAAAUCAAGGAAGUAACGUUUGUAUAUUUGGAAUAGGCUCGCUACUCAUCCUAUGUUUUAACCAAGAACUACUUUGUUACGUUUGAACCAGAAGAAAUUUUUAUUGGUGACAUGUAAUUCUCCCAAAAGUGAUAUAUUAAGAUAUUGC